AUGGGACUUGAUGGACGUGACGAGCUUGGGCUGGCUUCGGAGCCGGUGCUGAAGGAAGGCCGCCUACCUCGCGCCGCUCGCGAAGUGGGUCCCAAGCAGCUGGCUUUGUCGCCCUCGCUCCAUUUGGAUCGGGUGCAGGUGUUCCAGCAGUUGGGCUCCUUGCACGAGGCCCUUGCCGAGCACAGGCCAAGUUGCAACGAGGAUGCUUUGUGGCGUGAAAAUCGCCGGCUGCGCGGAGAGGUGCAGGCCUGGAAAGAUGAAGCAGCAGCUCGGCAUCGAGAGACGGCGGAGCUCCGGCUGGAGGUAGCACAACUCCAUGCCGAGUUGCAG